AGAAAAAGAAAGCCUCAAAAAAAGACAAACCGGAUUGAACCACCAUUCAUAUAUGAACCAUGAGUCCAUGCUUUCCCACUAAGACUCUUGAAUCCACUUAUCAGUCUUGAAUAUAACCAUCUAAGGACAGAGAUCAAGAGCCCUUGAGAAGAUGGGCGGAAGGAACUACCAUGCAGAUAGUAGGGGUUUCUGCUUUCAAGCACCACCAACCUUCAUUGAGUGGCUCAAGCCUUCAGCUCCUCCUUCCUCCUCAUCUUCUUCAUCAAUUACUCAGCAAGCGCAACCUCAAUACACAAAUCUCAUGAGCCGCUUACAACUACCUGUCUUCUAUCACCAACAACAGCAACAACUCCUUCCCCAAAACACCCAGUGCCUACCUCUUCUAAGCAGGUUUUCUGAGUCUAAAUCCCUGAAAGAAGAGGAGAAUGAGCUGAAAAGGGAGAGUUUAGAUAUUAAAGAUGAGAAGCUGGAGAAGGUUACUGUGGCUUUGCACAUCGGACUGCCCAACACAAGAGAUUCUGAUGAUGAGAUCAAACCCUUAGAUUAUAUGAAGGAAGACAAUUCCAUGAAGAAAAAUAUUGAAGAUAGUAGUGCAUCAAGCACUGAGACUAGGUUCUGGAUCCCCACACCGACACAGAUCCUUAUUGGGCCAACCCAGUUCGCUUGCUCCAUAUGCAACAAGACUUUCAAUAGGUACAAUAACAUGCAGAUGCAUAUGUGGGGGCAUGGAUCACAAUAUAGGAAAGGACCAGAAUCACUUAAAGGAAUACAACCAACAGCAAUGUUAAGGCUUCCUUGCUAUUGUUGUGUUCAUGGCUGCAAGAACAACAUCAACCAUCCUCGAGCCAAGCCAUUGAAAGAUUUCAGAACUCUUCAAACACAUUACAAGAGAAAGCAUGGAGUGAAGCCAUUUAUGUGUAGAAAAUGCAGCAAAACAUUUGCAGUUAAGGGAGAUUGGAGAACGCAUGAGAAGAACUGUGGGAAGCGAUGGUAUUGCUCAUGUGGGUCGGAUUUCAAGCAUAAGAGAUCACUCAAAGACCACAUAAAAUCCUUUGGGAAGGGUCAUUCUCCAUACCCUUCUGAGGAAAAUUUUGAAGAUGAAAAAGAAUGCAUCACAGGGUCUGAAGAUGAAGCGGGUUCAUCAGGAAGAAAUUUGUGAUCGAUCUCUUUGUUUCUCUAAUUAUUCUAUUAGUAGUUAUAAUUAGCUAGGCCAUAAUUCAGUAUAUUGAGCUUGUCUAAGCUUGUGCUCAGUAACAAAAAACUCUCAAUAAGUGUUAAAUAUAUUCAGGAAGCACACAAGGAGAGAAGUUUGUUACGGAGCAUAGGUGGGAUGAUAAGAAACAAUUACUAAUUUAGAGGGUACGGUUUUCUUAAGUGGUUCGUGAUUAAAAGGAAAUGGUUAAUGUAAAACACAGUCUGGGAGUAGCUGAACUUUCUUCAGCCUCAAGAUAGAAUUUUUCUGCUUCAUGGACUGUUAGUAAUCUUAGCAUGUAAUAAAUAAAUGGUUUUUUCUUU